GGACAAACAGCCCAAUUGGGGAAGCGCUGUUUAGUCAGCCUUAAAAUAGAAAUUAAAAAAGUCAUUUCCGUUUGUUCCAAUAUCCAUUUCUUUUCACGUAGUGGAAGAAGAGCCAGUGAAUAACUCUUUCAGAAUAUAUUACCAGCUUUUCUGUAACUGCUGUUCUGAGAUCUCUGUAAAGGUAUGAUUUUAAGACCCUGCACCUCUUGAUGCCGAGCAACAAGGAGGAUGCAGCUUUUCUUAUGGACUGUAACUUAGUAUCUGAGUGUUAGAUCUGCUCCAGAGCAGUCGUUAGGAAUACACUUCAGCCUGGCACCAAGGUUCUUGGUGCAAGCAUGCAGUGUAGACACAUCGCUACCUGUGAACUGUGUACUGAGCCUAUGUGUGAUUUCCAUCACUUGUCCUGCCUGAAACCACUAACGAGCCGAAGAUCUUUCCUGUGUUCUCAGUGUUUUACAAAAGUGAAAUGCUUUCCUCUAAACAAAAAUGUUCCCUUUGUGCAAGUGCAGUGAGUAAUUGCUGGCCUUGCCUAGGAUUCUGCCUCAAAGCUUGUUACCAAAUAAUUAGGUGAUUCUUGGGCUUUCCAUAAAGCAUGGAGGGCUUCGGAGGUGUUUUUUGCACUGAUGUUGUGACUUAUCCUGAGAGUUGGCCUUGAAUUUCAGGCUGUUGAAAACUCCAUCUGUCCACUAAGUGAAUGUCAAUCCAAUUUAGGCUUGCAUAUGUUUCCAAGGAAACCAUUGGAGGCAGUGGUGAGAAAUGGACCAUGGAGGGGCAGGAAGGCAUGCACACCAGUGACAUUUCUGCUUUUCAGUACUCCAACAUGAUUAAAACCUGGUUAGCUUUAAAACCUGUAAAACCCUGUACAGAACAGUGUGUGGAGUACUUCCUUCUUUGACAAGGCUGUGUUGGGUGUAGAUAAAGCAUAGUCAAUUAAAAUUAAAAGAAAAGGGGCUUUAGGUGCUGCCCCCGAGAUCUCAUUCCAGCUCUUAGAACUUAACAUUUCCCCAUUGUCCUGAUUGUGUUAAAAGACAGCAGCAAAGCAUCUUGAGUGCUGUAUGCAGAGUAUUUCUGUACUGUUUCAGUAGUGUGAUAGGUGCUGCUGAAAGAAUUGGAGAAGCAGGUGAGUUAUCUGGCUCUUGGCUCCUGCUUGCUUAUACCUCAGGAAGUGCUGCAGUGCCUCAAGGCUCUUCUCCCACCCAAGGCAAAAGGAUACCUGAAAGGUUACCCUGAGCAGAAAGUUAUGGGGUUUGUUGCUCUCUUACUUUGCUGCCCACUAAGCACAGUGUGUGGACCAUCACAGGGAACUCAUGGGACUUUUACAUCCAUGGGGCUCCGAAAAGCUUCUCUGCUCUUUGCUCCAAAGUUGUAUGAAGACAGAGACAAAAUUUGCACUUGGUUUCUGUUCAGAAUAAAUGAGUAUUCCCCUGUUAAUAGGAAUUUCUCUUUAAUUGAGAGCUUAAAUUCUCUAGCAGCCAGAACUGCCUUGCUUUCCAGAGAGAGGUGUAUUUCUGCCUGUUAAUACAGCCGUUAAAUAAAAUGUUUAUCUUGGUUAUUGGAAUGAGUAGAGAGGUUCUCACUUUGGAGCUCUAAACCCAAUUGCUAUCUGUCAUUUUAGUUUAAAGAGUGCUGCUAGCUUGCUCAGAUUUAAAAAUAUUUUACUGUGACAAAUAGCUGAAGCAGAAGCUGAAAUCCUGGUAUCUGGGGAUAUCCUGCUUGGGUAUAUUGUAUCCUUGUGUAUUGUAACUGUAGGCUGAGGCUGAAGCUCCUCAGCUCAAAGCUCUUUGCAGCUGUCGUCCAGCAUCAGAUCAGAUCCUCUUUGGAUCAAAUCUCUGGAUAUUUGGACUGCCAGCAGCAAAACUGGCUCCGGUAGUCUUGGGCUCUGGGACAACGUGGUGGUGCAGAGUGGGGGGGCUUUGCAGUGCGUGCUUUUUUAUCAGCUGCUUACCCAUCUGUGUCUGUGUGUACUGUGGGUAAGCCAAGCCUGCAGCAUGCAGCUUUCUUCUCUCUUCCAGCAGCUCCUGGAAACUUUCUGCCGGUUCUUCCGCCGUUCAGUCGGUAGCUGAGAGCGUCUCCCGCUGCCGCUCUGGCUCAGUGUCAGCUGGCAGCUCCUCCAGCUGCAGGCAUCUCUCUCUGGUCAGAUUUACAGCAAUCCAGUUCAGGAUUUUGUCUGCUGGAGGCUGUAGCCCUGAACCGCUCUUGUCUUCUACCCUGGUGCUCUCGUGCAGGCAGCUUAGAUGUAGGAGGGUGUUUCUUUUCCCUAACCCUCUGCCCCAUGUGUUGGGCACCUCGGUGUGUUCUGGUCUUGCAGCUCAGACAGCAUUCUGACAUGCCAACGCUGAAGAUCAAGGAGCAAUGCUGUUCAGCUUCUCCAUUUGCCAGUGCUCAGAGUUCAUCAGAAGUUUUGUUCUUUUCUGCACUGUACUCUCCUUGAAGCCAGAACUGGAGGAGGCACAGGGUGUCUGUGAAAUGCCAAGGUGUUCGUUUGUGAAGAGCACAUUGUAUAGCACUUAAAGGGUUUUGACCCAUCUAACACGUUUGGAUAUUUUGAAGACACAGCCUGACUUCACGGGACCUUCCUGAAAAUCCAGUUGGAGGCACCUAUGAUGCUUCCAUAAAACUAAGCUGAACUGCUUAAAAGCUUUGUGGUUCCAAAGAGGACAUCCUAAUUACACUUUUUUUGCCAGCAGUCAGAUGUCAGCUUGUUCCUCCGGAGCUCAGAUUUGCUUAAUGGUGACCUGCUCUGGUCUGAAAAUUGAAGUCUUCAAGGACCUGAAGUUGGUGGCUUCCCCUUGGGAUGAAACGGUGCCUCUGUUCAAGGCAAAUGCUGAAAUAGGCCCUUCUUAUGGCCGGGAGGCUGCAAGCAAAAUGUCUGGUGUGAAAGGAAUUGGGCAUAACAUAGGACUGGACAUUGAUCCUAUGACGCAUGCCCGGAAGAAACAACUUUUCCUUCUGAAGCGUCCAGCUGGUUCUGCUGGCCAGGUUUCAUCACCCACAGGCAACGGGAGGAUGGACAGGACGCAGGCGGAGUGCGGCGAGCAAAGGGAUGGGGAUGCCACUGAGGCUGCCAGCAGUUUGAGUGGGUUUGUGGGGACAAGCAAAAGCAAGAAUUUGCAGGAAGUCCGAAAGACAUACCCACUGCGGAGACGUCUGCUCCCUUCGGUGAACAAAAAGACCUGCAAAGUGCUUCUCACCAGGCUGGAGGAUGUGGCUGGAUCUCUGUCAAAAGAGACCCAGAGCUGCAAAAAAAAGGACCUUCCCAGCUGGGUGGAGGAGUUGGGGCCCACUUUUUUUGCUGAACAAGUUAAACCUGUGGGAGCGGGCAAGAGUGAUUCAGCUGGGGAAAAGUGCACAAUAACUUAUCCAGGGACAGAGGAAGACCUUGAUGCUGCUCCUUCAGAGCCCAGGAAACGCAGACUGGCCUCUCUGAAUGCAGAGGCUGUGAACAAUCUGCUCUUUGAGCGGGACGAUGGCUUGUUGUCUGGCAGGCGCUUCCGGAGGGAUCCUGCCAAAGCCAGUGGAGACUGUACUGCCAAGAGCUUGCACUGCAAGGCAGGUGACAGCUGGCCUGCCUUGGAAAAAACAGCUGUGAAAACAGGUAAGGGCAAAAAUCGACAUGAGCCCAGUCAGAAAUACAAUAGCUGUGACCAUUCACUGGAUGAGGUCUUUGAUGAUGGGUUAAGGAGAGAGGAUAGUGCCAUCUCCUAUCAUCCCACCCCAAAGAGACUGGCCAGCCUGAAUGCUGUGGCUUUCUUGAAGCUGACCCAUGAGAAAGACCAGCCCCUGAAGCAGAGGAGUAAGUCGGAUGGGGAGGGCAAGUCUGAGAACCACUGUUCAAAGUCUACCCCCAAAUGGGCCAAAGCCAAUAGGAAGAAUUGUGUCAAGUCCAAAAAGGAAGCAGCCAGCUUAAAAAUGGAAGGUCAGCACAGCUGGCGAGGGCUCACCCUAGGUGCUUUUGGGAAAGCAGAACAGCAGGACUCCUCUAGGCUCUACAGGACAGCCCAACCUGUCCCUUAUGAAUCGCAGUCUAGUACAGAAGGUUUCUACCACAGACUGCCUUUGCUCAUGGGUGGGCAAGCUGCCAUGAAGCCGGAGUAUGGAAGACCUGGAGAGAAAUCCCCGACUCCCAAACAGGAAUUUCAUCAGCCUUCCUUUCCUGUGCAGCAGUUCCCUCCUUUGCCCGUUCCUGGGAAUCACACGGAUUGUGGCUGUCUCUAUGAAUCCUCAGAUCUGACUCCGUUGAACGGGUUUUAUGUUUGUUAUGGCCAAAGUGGAUACCGUGGCUACUCUCACUGCUCAGUUUACCCCAAGGAUGAACUUUUGCAGCCUGCUACCUGUGAAGGGCUCUUGGUAUCGCCUGGUUCCUUGCCAUCAGGCACUCAUUUCCAGCCACUCCACUGGUGCAGCUCGCCAUACUGCUGUGGAGAAGGAACAGCCAUCAACAGCUACAGUGUCUGCGGCGUUGUACAUGUGCCGGAUGGCAGGAUCAGCAGUGUGCACACAGGACGGAACAGCUACCCCUACAAAAUGCCUUUUGCAGCAGAAGGCUGCAAGUCUCUGGACCAGCUGAACCUCACAAUUCCGGUGGCAGGGCACCCUGCGUCGCCUGCCCACCCGCUCUCAGGAUGUCCUGUACCCAGCGUGCCACCAGCUGCAGAACCUGUUCCUCAUCUGCAGACCCCCAACUCUGACCCUCAGACCAUGGCCCGUGAAUGUCCCCAGAGCUCAAAGCCUCCCAGUGGCUCCAAAUCUGGUCUCCGAAAUACACCAGGCUGUCUGCAUGCCUCUGACAGCAAAACUGUGGGAGGCCAUUCCCAUCCAAAGCAACAGCGCAUCAGCAGGCGAAGAGCCACCAAUGGCUGGAUACCUGUUGGCACAGCCUGCGAGAAGGCUGUCUAUGUUGUGAAUGAACCUGAGCCAGCUGUUCGCAAGAGCUAUCAAGCUGUGGAGAGAGAUGGGGAGAUUAUCCGGGUACGAGAUACCGUCCUCUUGAAAUCAGGACCCAGGAAGAAAUCUAUGCCGUAUGUUGCGAAGAUAUCAGCGCUGUGGGAAGACCCCAAAACAGGGGAGCUGAUGAUGAGCCUCCUGUGGUAUUACAGACCGGAGCACACUCAGGGAGGCCGCAAUCCCAGUAUGCACCAGAAUGAGAUCUUUGCAUCCCGACAUCAGGACGAAAACAGUGUUGCCUGCAUAGAGGAGAAGUGCUACGUGCUGACCUUUGCAGAGUACUGCAGAUUCUGUGCCUUGGCAAAGCGUCGAGUCGAAGGGAUCCCUGGCAGGAAAGCCAUCAUGGUUCCUCCCUCAGAAGAGUACUCCACACCUCUGCACCGCAAGGUGCCCGAGGACACUGACCCUGAGCUGGUUUUCCUCUGUCGUCACGUCUACGAUUUCAGACAUGGGCGCAUCUUGAAGAACCCACAGUAGCAUGGCUCUGCAUUGGGACUGCGGUGAGGGAGAGCAGCACUGGGGAGCUGAUGGCAGGCUGGCAGGCUGGGACAUCUGUGUGCUCCCACCCACUUACCUUGUGCUGCUCGCAGCCAAGAGCCCUCAGUGCUCUUUCCUCAGACUGAAUGGCGUGCAUGGGAGCAGAUCCCUGUGGAGGAAGGCAGUGGUUGAAAGCACAGCACUUCGUUAAAAGCAUAAAUGAAAAUAUAUACGUAUAAAAUAAAUAUAUGUAUAUAGAUAUAGGUACUUGCAUAUGUAAAUCUAUAUCUAUAUAUGUAUCUAGAGAUGCAUAUAUUGGGAAGGGUUUGUAGGGGAUAAAAGCCAGUAAGCUGAAUCAGAGCCAUUGUUGGUGGGAGUGGUGGGCAGACGCAGGAGGGAUGCAGUGGUGUGUUAUGUGAGUCAAGCUGUGACAGUCCUGUGGUUCUCACGUCCUCGCGUGAAGUGGGAGGACUGAGACAGGUUCCUUGGCAGAGCGUCGGAGCCUCCUCUGUCCCAAAGGAAAGAGAGAGGAUUCCGGGUGAGUGAGAGCUCCUUCGAAAUGCAGCGGUUGCUUUUGAAGCUCCCUGGGUGUGGAGUGGCCUUGUGUCACGCUUGAGUAGGUUUUGCAGGGAAGAGCUAUUCCCUUUUUUCUUUCUCAUCAUUCUAUUCCCCCUCACCUUCUUAAGAGCUGUUCUGCAAUUCACUGCUUGGACUGGGGCUUGGCAGCCAGGCUUGGAAAUCCACUCCAGCUCGGAGGCAGAGAGGGACCCAGCAGGAUCGAUGGCUUUGUGUCCUGGCAUGGCGUUGUGGAGGGCUGUACUCACACCCACAGGAUUGCAGCAGAUGUGCAUUGCCCUAAAGCUGGGAGCACACCAAGUGGGCUCCAUUGGUGGAAACCAGGUUUUCUCUUCUGAGCACUGCUUGCUCAUAUAGCGUAGAGAGCUUUAGUGAUAGAAGUGGGUUUACUCUUUCUUCCAAUUCAUUCAUCUGUAAUGUCUUUUAACGCCAUGUCCUCACUGUGAAGAAGCUAGAUGACAAACACUUUAAGUGUUGCUUUUAGCUUUUUUUUAAUUUAGGCCCCCUUUAUGUCUCUGUUCUGACUCUUAGUUUCUCAUUGAAGCCACCAGCAGAGCUGUCUCAGUGCUGCCCUGCAGCUUCCUCCCCAUCUCCAAACUCAUCCUGUCAUCUGAGCAAGCUCACCAAAGUGGCUUUGUGGCUCCUGAAAGGAACUGAGUAUUGGGGGAGGGUUUGCAUUGACAAAUGCGACCUGAGCCUCGUAGAUAUUUCUUUGCCUCUUGCCUUAUAUGUAUAGAUCCUAAGUAGACUUUAGCUUAUCUCAAUGCAAACUGUUGAAGUUGAUUCUAAAGCAAACCAAAGGACAGUGUAACAGAGUCCGUUGAGUCAGCCACACCAAGCUGGGAAUCCACAUUUAGAUUGCACUAAUGUAAAGAAUGAGAAACAACGCUGCAUUAGCCUGUGUGCCUGCUGGCUGGAGCCACUCAUUGGAACGUAGGGAUCUACAUUUUUCUGCUUUUCUGGGGGGCUUCUGAACUCAUGUGAAACAGUGGAAGUAUUGAAACUGCUUUAACGGUGUCCUGUCAGUGGAAGUGGGAGGGAGCAGCAUUGGCUUGCUCCAACAGCUGCAUGCCUGGUCUGGAAAGAAAACCCCAUGGCAUCAAAUCUGUUACAUGGAAAUAGUUAAUGCCAGAGAUGUCCAGAAUUGCUUUACAUACCAAAGAGGGGAAAGUGUCUAGAAGAAGAGGACAUAAAAGGAGAGGAUGAGAACUGGCACCCACCACAGUGGGACAGCAGGGCAUGCAUCUCUCUGUUGUCGGGGGACAGUUUCUGCUCAGUGUUGCAGAAGAUGCUGGAAGAGCCCUGUUGUCCUUGCCCAAGGGAGAAUGUCCAGCUUUAGGAGGCUCAAUGCUAGGUGCUUGGGCAGGAAUUCAUGGGCUGAGCAUCUUAUCUCAUUUAUACCUCAAGAUACUGUUAGUGUCAAAGUAAUUGCUCAGAUUUCUCCUUAACAAUUAGCUUGGGCACUGGUGGUCUCUUGGAAUGAUUUAGUUGGGCUGCAUGGUGCAGUAUCUCCCAAAGGGAGUAAGGCGUGGUUUUGGGUAGAUGAAAAUGGCUUGGGGGAGAGGGGAGCAUGGAGAUACUGGAGGAUGGGGUCCCUGCUGAGAGGGAGGACACUGGAGUAACAGAGCUGCUCCUGCCUGUCAUGAUAGAGGGGGGGUCAUGGGGGAACAGAGUGGCUGUGCCCUGGGGCCAUGGGCAUGUGGUGACAGCAUGGGAGGUGACUGGCAGUCCUAAAUACACGCAUUUGACUUGGUAGGGAUUGCUGACACCCAGCCUGAAGCAGGUGAGCUGCCUGUGGCUGCCUUCCUCUAACCCAAGUGCCAUCUGAUGCAGGAUUCAUCAAGACCCACUGGCCAGGCAACCCUGAGCGUUUCCGCACAGUCAGAGAAGGAUUUGAAACUCAGCCUUGGAAACUACAGUAACACGCUGAAAUUCCUCCUCCUGACCCCUCUCCCCCUCUGCUCCCACCUUUGUCCUGGCUCCUCCCCAAGUAAAAGAGAAAUUGCUUGCCCUGGGCAUAGAAUGGGCUCUGCUGUGUCCAGAGAGGACAAAUCCCAACUUCUCAUGUUAGAAUCUGCUUCAGGCCAAGAACAUUGUUUGCGACUCACGUGGUUGCUUAUGCUGUUGUGCAAACAGCAUGUAAAUGAAUCGAAAUGUCUUAUCCAUAAUGAAAAUAUUUCAUGCUUUUUUAAUCUAUUAGAUAUGGAAAUAUUUUUUGAAACUGAAAAUGCAGUCAGUAGAAUUUAAAUUGAAACGUAAUACAUGUAAAAUAUAUUUUAGUUGAUAAUUUUGUAAAAUGCACUUUUUUUGUGUCUCUUCCCUGGUUUCCCAGAUCUGUAUUUCAGUGUUUACAGAUGGAAUGAAAACAUUCCCUAUACCCUUCUUCUGUGAGAAAGAUAUAUUAGAAGUAAUUCUUAAAAAAUAAAUUUGAAAAAUCGUAUUGAUUUAGAAAACAAA